AUGUGGCCGCUGUACCUUGUGGUCGAUCUUCUCGGUGGCCUCUUCUCCUACCCGCCGCUGUCCUGGCUUCUGAGCCCUUUCUCCUGGAUUUUUAGCUGGAUGAAUCGAGGAGCUCCCGUGGUGCAGCAGAUGGGCGCCGCACAGGAGAUGCGCCUCCCUACCGACCAGGUUCCUGGCUACCUGGAUCAGUAUGUGCAACACUAUGGGGAUGCUGCCCUGAUCUUCGCCACUCACGACGGCUAUCCGCAGAUCGUCAAUGCUCUGCUGUACAACCAGGAUCUUGGCUAUGCGGACUUGAUUGAUGCCACAGAUGAGAACGGCAACACGGCCCUGAUCUACGCUUCGGCCAAGGGCUUCCGCCAGAGCACCGCUGCACUGCUGCGCAGCGGCGCUGAUCCUGACGUCGCGAACCAGGGGCAUGGAGGGCGGACGCCGCUAAUGGAGGCCGCAGGCGCCGGCCACAAGGACUUGGUGGCUGCACUUCGGCUCACAAACGCCACGGUGGAUGCCGUGGACGAUUAUGGAAACACAGCUUUGCACUACGCCGCUUACCACGGCCACCUGAGUUGUGUCCAUGAGCUCCUCAAAGCCAACCCACGGAAGGACAUCCAAAAUAGCUAUGGGCACACCGCUGCCAGCUACGCCGCCAGCAACAAGUUCAAGGCCAUCGCCGAUGUGCUGAGCCGGGCGCCCUCGAAGCGAGAGCUCGCCCAACGUGCUGCAGAGGAGAAGCAGAAGAGUAAGAGCCUCUUCAAAGCAGACGACGACACAGAGGCCGCCGAAGAUGAGGAUGAUCCUUUGAAGGAACUGGCGGAGCUUGUGAAAGGCGGAAAGAAGAAGGACGCAGCAAAGCCGAAAAGCAAAAGUGAACCGAAGCGAGUCCAUGGUGGUGCAGAAGAGCUGCAUGAGAAAGAAGACUCCUUCGCUCCCAAGUUGGAGAAGGAUGGAGGCGGUCUCAGCUCCAAAGAACGAAAAUCCCUGGAGGAACAGAUCACGAAGCUGAAGCGCCGGCAUGAAGAUGCUGAGCUCAAGGCGCAGAAGAGGCUGGUCGAGCUGCUCGAAACCAGCUCGGGUCAUCAACAGGAGAUCGACGAAGCCCAACGGGCUGUCCGAAAUUUCCAGCUGAACCUCACGGAACUUUCUUUCAAGGUGCAGGAGCUUCAGACCAAGCAUCUCUCCAGCGAGCAGCGCGCUCAAGAGGAGAAAGACCGGGCAGAUCGGCUUCAGCAGGAGAUGGCGGAAGCCGAGUUGGAGGCUGCGCGGUACAAACUCCUGGCCGAGGGUGCAGAGAAAGAUCGAGUCCUACAGGAGGAGGCAGCCAAGCGCCAGGAGGAGCGGCUAAAGAACAAGCGCGAGGAGGUCAAUGAGCAUCUCGGGCGCCUGGAGCGACAGCAGCAGGAGAUGUCCUCGCUGCGUGGAGAUGUCAAGAAGCAGCAAGAGGCGCUGCAACAGCAUCGGGAGGAGUCGCUGAAGCUUCAGCGAGAGUUGGCCCUGCUCAAGGGUGAGGAGCCGCCCGCAGCCCCUGCAGUGGAGGAGAUGCGUCCGCCAGCCAAGGAG